GAGUGGCCGGCUGAGGUUGCUAUAAAAGCUUUUGGCCUUGCCAACCAUUAGUCCGGUAGGCAUUUUGUUGUUGUGAGAGAACUGUCGAACUACGUUCCAGAUUCCACGGAGGAUCUAAACCAAACGUGAUUCCUUGUUCGUCAAUUCUGUUCCUUUUUGUACGCAUCUAACCAGUAAAUCCUAAUCCACAAUGGAGGACGAAGUUGCGGCUUUGGUUGUUGACAAUGGCAGCGGUAUGUGCAAGGCUGGAUUCGCCGGGGAUGAUGCGCCUCGUGCUGUGUUCCCUUCCAUCGUUGGACGCCCUCGUCACCAGGGUGUCAUGGUGGGCAUGGGUCAGAAGGACAGCUACGUCGGUGAUGAGGCCCAGAGCAAGCGUGGUAUUCUCACCCUGAAGUACCCCAUUGAGCACGGUAUCGUUACUAACUGGGAUGAUAUGGAGAAGAUUUGGCAUCACACCUUCUACAACGAACUCCGUGUGGCUCCUGAGGAACACCCAGUCCUCUUGACCGAAGCUCCCCUCAAUCCCAAAGCUAACCGUGAAAAAAUGACCCAGAUUAUGUUCGAAACCUUUAACACCCCGGCAAUGUACGUGGCCAUCCAGGCUGUCCUUUCCCUGUAUGCCUCUGGUCGUACCACCGGUAUCGUGCUGGAUUCCGGAGAUGGUGUCAGUCACACAGUGCCCAUCUAUGAAGGUUACGCCUUGCCGCACGCUAUUCUGCGUUUGGAUUUAGCCGGCCGUGACUUGACUGACUACCUGAUGAAGAUCUUAACCGAACGUGGUUACAGUUUUGUCACAACUGCUGAACGUGAAAUUGUCCGCGAUAUCAAGGAAAAGCUCUGCUAUGUUGCCCUGGAUUUUGAACAAGAAAUGGCCACCGCCGCCGCUUCCUCCUCAUUGGAGAAGAGCUAUGAACUGCCUGAUGGUCAAGUGAUUACCAUUGGUAACGAACGCUUCCGAUGCCCUGAAGCCCUUUUCCAGCCUUCAUUCAUUGGUAUGGAAUCUUGUGGCAUCCAUGAAACGACAUACAACUCGAUCAUGAAGUGCGACAUCGAUAUCCGCAAGGACCUCUACGCCAACACUGUCCUGUCUGGCGGUACGACCAUGUACCCUGGUAUUGCUGACCGUAUGCAGAAGGAAAUUACUGCCCUGGCCCCCAGCACAAUGAAGAUCAAGAUUAUUGCCCCGCCCGAGCGGAAGUACUCCGUCUGGAUUGGCGGCUCCAUUUUGGCAUCGCUUUCCACAUUCCAGCAGAUGUGGAUCAGCAAGGCAGAGUACGAUGAAUCUGGCCCAUCGAUUGUCCAUCGUAAAUGUUUUUAAAUUGACGGAGAUCGGCUUUGUUAAGCUGUCCGAACUGUUUGGGACACAUGUACUGAAUCUGGAUAGAAAAGCAACUUGCUUAUCUCUUUUUUUGACAAUCUGUAGUCAUAUUUCUAUCUCUUUUGCUGUUGGGCAACGUACUUAAUGUUGAAGUCUCAUGGUGGAAACGUUGAGAAUGUUGAUUUAUUGUUAAGUAAUUGAUCAAUUUUGGUAUGUAAGAAUUAAUAACUGAACGUGCUUUUUCUGGCUGCCAUACCUAAAAGGACGGUUAAAUAAAUUGUUUAAUACCG